CGGAGAGACCCGCCCCGCCCACUCUGCGGUUCCCUGGCUCCGACCCUCCCCUGGGACCCGCGGCACCCAGAGGACCCACGAGCGAGCCCGGCGGGACGCGUGACCGUGGGCUGAGCAACAUGGACGCCUUCAUCCGCUUCACUAACCAGAGCCAGGGCCGGGACCGACUUUACAGAGCCACUCAACAUGCAUGCAUGUUGCUUAGAUAUUUGUUAGAAUCUAAAGCUGGCAAAGAGGAGGUGGUAAUGAAGCUCAAGAAACUGGAGUCCAGUGUGAGCACUGGCCGUAAAUGGUUCAGACUAGGCAACGUGGUCCAUGCCAUCCAGGCAACUGAACAGAGCAUCCAAGUCACUGAUCUUGUGCCCCGCUUAUGCCUCACAUUAGCCAACCUGAACCGUGUGGUUUAUUACAUCUGUGACACUGUCCUCUGGGUGAAGAGUGUGGGUCUCACCUCUGGAAUCAACAGAGAGAAAUGGCAAAUGUGGGCAGCCCGCCACUACUACUAUUUUCUCCUGCUGAGCCUGGUCAGAGAUCUAUAUGAAAUCUCCCUGCAGAUGGGACGGGUUGCACAUGAGAGGGCCAAGAAAGAGAAGUCAUCAUCCCAGGACCCUCUUGGGUACAGUGUGGUUGAUGAAGAAACAGAAUGGCUCCAGUCUUUUCUUCUACUCUUAUUCCAAUCUCUAAAGCGGCAUCCUCCCUUGCUCCUAGACACAGUGAAGAACUUCUGUGACAUCCUAAUCCCUUUGAACCAGCUUGGGAUAUAUAAGUCCAAUCAUGGCGUCGUUGGACUCGGAGGUCUCGUGUCCUCUGUGGCUGGCCUUGUCACCGUGGUAUAUCCUCAGAUGAAGCUGAAGACCCGCUAGAGUGUUUGAAGUCUUUAAAGCUGAUAUCUUAGUGGAACUGACAUUUGUGUUAGGCACAAACAAUGUCUUAUUAUACUGAAGUUUCUAAUCAUGUGAAUGUCUUACCAACCUGUAAUGUGAGCAGAAGUGGAGCCAAGAAUGGAGCAUGAAGAUUGAUAAGGUUUUGAAAUGCU